UUCAUGUUUAUUUACAAAUUACGUACGUAUGCAACUGAAACUUCGUACGGGCAUUUUGGCUUACUCUUUGUUACAAGCCUCUUACCAUAACGAUGAAAUUGUAACCGUUAAUAUGAUGAACCCAACCUUCACCGUCGCUAAUAUAACACACAAACCAAGCGAAGAGAGAGAGAGAGAGGAUUAUGGCUAUGGCGCCGAUGGAGGUGGAUGGGAGAAGUAGAAGGAGAGAGCGCGAUGCGGUGGAGGAAGAUGAAACGACGACGGCGGCCGUGAAGCGGAGGAAGCUCGAGGAGGAGGAGGCAGAAGGAGAAUCGAGGAAUAUGCUUUCUUCACCGGUAAAGCUUGAGAACGGUGGUGGAAUUGUGCCGAGAGAUUCGGAGGAACUGCCGGGAAGAGAACAGUGCCAUAGCCCUAAGUCGGAGGAUAACUUACGACGCUCCUCGACUUCUUGCUGCUCCAGUCAUGGAUUCAGCGAGAAACACAACGGCGGUCUCGACUUCCUAGAUCUGGAGCAAUAUAACGUAGCGGGAAAGGGAACGUCGUGGAAUUGUAGCAGCAGCGCUAGUGAGGAGAACGAGGAAUCGGAAAGCGUGGAGGUCAAAGCAUCGGAGGCGGCCGAGUCGUGUGGGAGGUCAACUGUGACGGAAGCUGAGCUUGAAGCUUUUUUCAUGGCUGAAAAGGAUCUACGUUAUAAGAUACUCGAAUAUUCUUCGAAGUAUAACUUCGAUUUUGUGAAAGAGGAGGCUUUGGAUGGACGGUACGAGUGGGUUAAAUUGAAGCCCUGAAUAAUGAAGCAUCUCAUCUCUUCAACAUGUUUCCACACUAUUACAGAAUAUAUCCUAAUAAUCACUUUGUAAUUAGCUUCUUAUACAACUUAUAACCUAUGGUUUGGUGUCAAAACUCGACAGGCCAUAAUAUUAUAUGGGUUGGUUCAAGAAUUACAUAAUAUAUUUAAAAACUGGAAUUUUGUUAUUUCCAAGUGAAACUAAAAUCUGGGUAGCGAUGCAUGAGAGAGCAGGAGAAUUUAGGGGGAAGAAGCUUCUCCUUAUCGGGGCAAAGAGCAGAGAGAUGCGUAGCAGAAGACAGAAACAAAAUUGUUGAGAAACCAAAGCAUUGCCAUUAUUGUCGUUUGCGUUUACAUAUUCCCUCUCUUCAGUUCCUUUCUGGUACUUUUGCCU